GUGACUCGGGAGACUCCGGGUGACUCAGGUGCCGGCGUCUUCGGGUGACUUGGGCGCCUCCGCGUGACUCAGGAGAUUCCGUGUGACUCGGACGAUGCUGGGUGACUCCGGGUGACUCAGGAGACUCGGCGCGGCUCAAGUGGCGUUGCCUGACGAGCGGUAACACCUGCGCUACACGACUAGGCCGAGACGAGCAGUGACAGAUUCAGCGGGUUGAGAUGGAGGACAGCAGCGUGCCGUGGUCAGUGGGCACCACCGUCACGGCACUGGUCACGGCCGACACCGUCAACAGGAGCUCCCUCACCAACGGCACCGACUCCGAGCUGAGCGCCAUCUACUCGGCCACGCAGACGGUGCUGAUCGUGUUCGUGGCCGGCGUGCUCAUCGCCAUCACCGUCGUCGGCAACAUCAUGGUGAUGGUGUCCUUCCACAUCGACAAGCAGCUGCAGACCAUCAGCAACUACUUCCUCUUCAGCCUGGCCGUGGCCGACUUCGCCAUCGGCCUGAUCUCGAUGCCGCUCUACACCGUGUACCUGGUGAUGGGCCGCUGGGUGAUGGGCCCGGUCGUCUGCGACACGUGGCUGGCGCUCGACUACCUCGCCUCCAACGCUUCCGUGCUCAACCUGCUCAUAAUCAGCUUCGACCGCUACUUCUCUGUGACGCGGCCGCUGACGUACCGAGCGCGGCGCACCAACCGGCGCGCGGCGGCCAUGAUUGCCAGCGCCUGGGGCGUCUCGCUCGUCCUCUGGCCGCCCUGGAUCUACGCCUGGCCAUACAUCGAGGGUCAGCGCACCGUGGAGCCGCACGAGUGCUACAUCCAGUUCCUGGAGACGAACCACUACUGGACGUUCGGCACGGCCAUUGCCGCCUUCUACCUGCCCGUGCUCAUCAUGUGCGGGCUCUACUACCGCAUCUGGCUGGAGACGGAGCAGCGGCAGCGCGACCUCAGCCAUCUGCAGGCCGGCAAGAACAACAGCAGGCGUUCUAACUCCAGGUCAGGACUCCAGCACGCGCUCUGA